UUUCCUGCUGCCGGCCACCCUCGUCUUCCAUUACUCUCACAGCCCGCCAGUCUGCCAACAAUGGAACAGGGCCGCUCCCCUUCCCCCGAACCUCGUCCCUCCAAGUUUCCAAAGGUCGGCCCGGACGGCCAGCCACUCAAGGCUACCGUCAAGUCUGUCGACAUGUCUGAAGAAAUGCAGACAAAGGCCGUGGAGACCGUCUUUGACUCUUUCGACCGAUACGAUGAGAUGAAGGACAUGGCGAUGUAUGUCAAGAAGCAAUUUGACAGGAUGUACGGCACUACGUGGCACUGCGUCGUCGGAAAGAACUUCGGAAGCUUUGUCACCCAUGAAUCCAAAAACUUCAUCUACUUUUACCUGGGGCAAGUGGCCAUCCUUCUCUGGAAGACCACAUAGUCUCCUCAUGUCGAUGAGAAUAUCCUCGUCGCACCAUCACACCAUCUUGGCCUUGUGGAUCGCCUAUUGUAAACAAACUUUGCCAACAUCAAGACGAAAGAUUAGAGAAUGAAUCGACCAACGCAGGCGGUACUCCGCAGGCGGCUGGAUGUGUCGUUCCGUAUACCCACCAUGCUUAUAAGCCUUUAGAUAUCAUGAAUGCCAUACCAGUACCUUGUCCAUGACUCUGGCUAGGACAUACGAUCCUGACUCUUCUUUGAGUGAAGGUAUUGCAGGCCGAGAUAGAGCUUCGCGGUGUACCAUGCUAUAGCCAAGGAUUGUAUUGUAAUGUCUUGACAGCGAAGAGAAUAG